GCAUGGGGGAAAGCUGCUUCCGAUUGCUGAUCCUUCCCCAUACAGUCACUACUUAUCGAGGUCCUUCUUUAAAUUCAAUCCCGCUCCCUUGUUUUUCCACCUCGUCACCAUCUCGCAACCACAACCACAACCACAACCUCGAACCCGACACCGAAAAAUGGAGAACGAGAAGCCCAUCAUGAACGAGGUCGAUAACAGCUCGAACGAGAAGGUCGUCGCGCUAAAUCAUCUCGAAAGCAACGGAAAUGCGCCCAUCAGCCAGAAGGAUCCAGGUGGUUUUACGAUUCCCGAUCCUGACGCCCAUCUCAGCGCCGAAGAGAAAGCUGCCAUUGACAAGAAGCUUGUUCGAAAGCUGGACUGGACCUUGAUUCCUAUUCUUUGCAUUCUGUAUCUCCUCGCCUUCCUCGACCGAACCAAUAUUGGCAAUGCAAAGAUCGAUGGAUUGCAAAAGUCCCUUCACGGCAUGACGACCGGCCAAUACAAUGCGACGUUGUCGAUUUUCUUCGUCUCCUAUGCCGUCUUCGAGCCUCUCACCAACAUUCUCCUCAAACGUCUCCGCCCUUCGGUCUUUAUUCCGAUCAUUAUGGUGAUUUGGGGAAUAUGCAUGACGUUUAUGGGUUUCGUCUACAAUUGGUCGGGCCUGAUGGCUGCUCGUUGGUUCCUAGGUAUGGCUGAAGCAGGUCUCUUCCCUGGUAUCAACUAUUAUCUCUCGUGUUGGUACAAGAGAUCAGAGUUUGGUAUUCGUGCUGCCAUAUUCUUCUCGGCCGCUGCUGUAUCUGGCUCGUUUGGUGGUCUUCUUGCCGCUGCCAUCGAGAAGAUGAACGGUCUUGGAGGACGUCCAGGUUGGGCUUGGAUCUUCAUUUUGGAGGGUAUUGUCACCGUCCUUUUCGGGAUCAGUGCCAUCUGGUUGGUUCACGACUUUCCCGAUGAUGCAAAGUUCCUCUCAGAGCAAGACCGUGAACGAGUUAUCCGCCGCUUGAAGCUUGACCAACAAUCCUCUGCCGAACAUGAAGAAUUCAAAAUGAAGUACGUUUGGAUGUCCUUGAAGGAUUACAAGAUGUGGCUUGGAAUGAUCAUCUACAUGGGCUGUGAUAUGCCGCUCUAUGCAUUCUCGCUCUUUCUGCCCAGCAUCAUCAACGAACUUGGAUAUUCCAGUACAAAGGCUCAACUCUUGACGGUGCCACCUUAUGCUGCUGCCGCCAUCUUGACCAUCGUUAUUGGAUAUAUUGCAGAUAGGACAAAGCAACGAGGUCUCUGCAAUAUCCUCGUCUCUUUCCUCGGAAUCGCAGGGUUCGCUAUGCUCCUCGGCUCCCAGAAAGCUGGAGUAAAAUACGCCGGAACUUUCCUCGGAGCACUCGGUAUCUAUCCUUGCAUUGCGAACACGAUUUCUUGGGUUGCCAACAACAUCGAAGGUGUCUACAAGCGUGGAGUCGUUCUAGGUUUCGUGAUUGGUUGGGGCAACUUGAAUGGUAUCGUCAGCAGCAACAUCUAUUACAAGAGUCCCAAGUACACUGUUGGUCACGCCGUAGUCAUGGCUUACAUGAUUGUUUGCCUGCUUGGUGGGAGCGUAGUUCUUCGGAUUCUCUUGGCAAGAGAGAACAAGCUUAGGAAGGCUGGAAAGCGAGAUCAUUGGGUUGAAGGGUUGAGUGACCAUCAUGUUGAGGCAUUGGGGGAUAUGCGUCCAGAUUUCUAUUACACUUUGUAAAGAUCUUCUGGGACGUUUGCGUUGCGAUUGUGAUGAAUCAUAAAUAGACGUCUAUAGUAGCUUCUUUGCUGAUAGUAUGAUACCCAGGGUAGUUGCUUUCGCUCAACAGAGAG